AUGGGGAAGUGCCAGUACUCCAUUACUACCAUACCAGGCACCGGGGCUAAUGGCCCUCCACUUACUCUUGAGCUUGAAUCUGAAGUUCUCGUGUCUUGUUGGAAUAUACUGAUACUUCCAUGUCUUAAAUUCACUCUUUUUUGUUUACAGGAUUUGACAAAAGGAUUUGCUCAGACGUGGAGCAAAGGUGAAGAGAAAGAAGAAGGAGAAGAGGAAGACGAAGGAGAGGGAGAGGAAGAGGAGGACAAUGUUGACGAAGAAGAGGAUAAUGAUACGUCAGCCGAGACGGAGGGACGGUCCUCGAGUUUGGACGACUGGACAGAGAAGCAGACGGAGGAGACUCUGACCGCUAAGCCUGAAGAGCUGAAAGAAGAAUCUGUCCCCGACGGAGAGCAGAAAGCAGCUGCAAUCAGCGAGCAGGCUGACACCACAGGUGGAGAAAAGACAGACGAUGGCACCAAACCGGCCAAUGGGACAGCAGACAGCAACUCCAAAAGCCAAUCAGGCUCCAACAAAAAGCUGUCUCUCUUCAGGCGGCUGUCCUUCUCCAGGUCCAAGCAGACCAGCGACAGGGACCAAACCCCAGCGCAGGGAGCCAUCAGCGGGGACGCAGCCGUCCGGGGAGGGCCUCUCUCCUCCUCCGCUGCUGCUGCUGCUGGGAGCAGCGAGCCAGAGACAAACCGAGGCGGAGCGCCGUCCGGAGCCAGGGGCCCUCGCUCUGGAGCCUGCACCAUGCUCUGAUCCCAGCGACUAAACCCUCAGGUGGCCUCGGGUAUCUAGAAAAUUUUAUUUAAAGAGCGCUUUAAAGAACAAACCAAAGUUUGUGCCAAAGUGCUUUACAACAUCGUUGAGCAAAAGUAAAAAUCAUGAGACAAAAAUAGAUUCGGGCUGCAGUUAAUGAUUUUUGAAUGAGUCAAACCGAUUAUCAAAAUAGUUGGCAGUAAAAUUGAAUAGUUAACAACUAAUCAAAUAAGCGAUUAAUCUUUGCAGCUCUAAAGUACAUAAAUGCAUACAAUACCAACAUACAGUGCUCAGCAUAAGUGAAUACACCCAUGCUAAAGUUGACUAAAAAGAGGAA